AUGCUCAAAAAGAUAGAUCCGUCGAAUCCUAUAUUGGUGGCGUAUUUACAAAAGAUUAAUCCUUCAGUGGAAACUGGAGUUCUUUUACUAAGAAGUGAUGAGGGGUCUUACAAAAAAUCCAAUAAGUCAAAGAAGGAAAUUGAAGAAAUUCCUUCGAAAGAAAGUCCUAAGAAGAUCUUGGCUAAAUCACCAACAAAGCGUCCUGAUAAUAAGGAAAAAGUAAAGAAGAAAGUGGUCAAGCAAAUUGAAGUGACUAAAAAUGGUUCUUCGAAGGAAAUAAUACCUUCAAAAUCAAGGGUGUUUAAAAGAUUGAGGAAGUUGUCACACAAGUCCAAAGUAUCAUCUGAUGAUCACUAUUCUUUAGUUCGAAAAGCACUAUUGAAUAGGAAGGGAGUCCUUGUUCGUGAAACCCCAACACCAUUUUCUCCAUCAUCAAAGAAAAGAAGAGCUAAAGAUGUUGCAAAACAUAUAGCUGAUAAGAGAAAAAAGAGGAAGUUGGUCAUUCACGAAGAAUCUUCAGACAGUGAGAUUGUCCCAGAAACACCUUUGGGAUCGAAUUCACCAAUCAAGACAUCUACUCCUAUAACAUUUGUUGUAAUUCCAUCCGAAGUUGUGAUAAGUAAUUCAGUUACGUACUGA